CCAGCGACAGUGUCAGUCAAGAUGGCGGCGCGUCGCGGCCGGAGCCUGGCGGCGGCGGUGUCCCUGGCCCUGGCGACGCUGCUGCACGCCUGCGGCGGGGCCGGGGCGUCGAACGACACCGGGCUGGAGACGGGCAUUUACGGGCUGCGGCUGGUGUGGGUGCAGAGGCCGAUGCUGGAGGAGGCGGCGGCGGCCGCGGGGGGCGGCGAGGCGCUGCGGGUGCUGGAGGGCCAGACGGUCAAGCUGCGCGUCUUCGGCCGGGGCAUCGACGCGGGCACCUGGCGGCGGGUGGGCUUCGCCGAGCUGGGCCCCGAGGCGGGCUCGGCCGACGGCGGCGGCGGCGCCGGGCGGGCGUGCCCGUCCCGCAGCCGCGACCUGGAGGUGCAGCCCGGCGUGGAGGAGCGGCGGGAGACCUCGGGCCUGCUGACCGUGCGGGUGCAGCCCCUCCGCAAGCGGGAGAAGGCCCGGCUCUUCGCCCUGUGCAGCCGCCCGCCCGGCGGCGAGGCCUGGCUGCUGCACCCGGAGCCCGACAGCCGCCUGCGGGUGCAGGAGGAGACGCCGCCGCUGCUGCCCUUCUGGCUGCAGGUGAUCCUGACGGCGCUGCUGCUGGUGCUCUCCGGCAUGUUCUCGGGCCUCAACCUGGGCCUGAUGGCGCUGGACCCCAUGGAGCUGCGGAUCGUGCAGAACUGCGGCACCGAGAGCGAGCGGAGGUACGCCCGCAGCAUCGAGCCCAUCCGCCGCCAGGGCAACUACCUGCUGUGCUCCCUGCUGCUGGGCAACGUCCUGGUGAACACCACCCUGACCGUGCUGCUGGACGGGCUCCUGGGCACCGGCUGGGUCACCGUGGUGGCUUCCACGGUGGGCAUCGUCAUCCUGGGCGAGAUCGUGCCCCAGGCGCUGUGCUCCCGGCACGGGCUGGCGGUGGGCGCCCGCACGGUGCUGCUGACCAAGUUCUUCAUGGUGCUGACCUUCCCGCUGUCCUACCCCAUCAGCAAGGUGCUGGACUGCGUGCUGGGCCAGGAGAUCGGCAAGGUCUACAGCCGCGAGAAGAUCCUGGAGAUGCUGAAGGUGACGGGCCCCUACAACGGCCUGGAGGCCGACGAGCUCAACAUGAUCCAGGGUGCCCUGGAGCUCCGCAGCAAGACCGUCGAGGACGUCAUGACGCCCAUCCACGACUGCUUCAUGGUGUCCAGCGACGCCAUCCUUGACUUCAGCACCAUGUCCGAGAUCAUGGAGACGGGCUAUACCCGCAUCCCCGUCUACGAGCAGGAGAAGUCUAACAUCGUCGACAUCCUGUACGUCAAGGAUCUGGCCUUCGUCGACCCAGACGACUGCGUCCCCCUCAAAACAAUCACCAAGUUCUACAGCCACCCGCUGCACUUUGUGUUCUACGACACCCGGCUGGACACGAUGCUGGAGGAGUUCAAGCAGGGUAAAUCGCACUUGGCAAUUGUACAGAAGGUGAACAGUGAAGGUGAGGGAGAUCCUUUCUACGAGGUGCUGGGGCUGAUCACUUUGGAGGAUGUUAUUGAAGAGAUCAUCAAAUCGGAAAUUCUUGAUGAAUCGGACAUAUUCACGGACAAUCGAUCUAAGCAGAAGGUGACUCACAACAACAAGAAAAGGGACUUCUCGGUUUUCAAGCCCACUGUCCACGAGGUGAAAGUCAAGGUGUCCCCGCAGCUGCUGCUGGCUGCUCACCGCUUCCUGUCCACAGAGGUCACUCUUUUUGCCCCUGCCCACAUGUCGGAGAAGAUUCUGCUGCGGCUCCUCAAACAUCCCGACGUCAUCAACGAGAUCAAGUUUGACGAGGGCAACAAGCUGGCUGCGGAGCACUAUCUGUACGUGCGGGGGAAGGCGGUCGAUUACUUUGUCCUUGUUUUACAGGGUAAAGUGGAGGCAGAGGCUGGCAAAGAAGACAUGAAGUUUGAGACGGGACCCUUUUCUUACUAUGGUACCAUGGCCCUUGGCAGUCCCACUUUGGAAACACGACCGUCCUCUCGCAGCAGUGAGCUGAGUCGCUCUGUGUCGCUGAACUACGCCGAGCGCUCUGAAUCAACGCCAUCUAUCGUCUCACCCAACCCCUCGACGCACUACGUUCCGGAUUUCUCCGUCAGGGCGCUGACCGACCUGCAGUAUGUCAAGGUGACACGGCAACAGUACCAGAAUGGCUUACUGGCGUCAAGGAUAGACAGCACCCCGCAGUCUCCGGACAACCCCCACACGAAGAUCGACAUGAAAGUUGAGAAACCUGAGACUAUAGCAGAUGAAACCACGGACCUUCUGAACGAGCAGAACUCUUUGAACCGUACUUUGAACCACACUUUGGAAAACAGUAUAUGACCCCACGCCACGGUGCCUGGAGGGUCGGGGCUCUGCUCCUGGGGGCAUUUAAAACAGUUCCUGCGAACAAUCGCCGUGCAAUCUUUUUAUAGUGUGUGUGUGUGUUUGUGUGGGGAUGAACGAGGAACGGUACAACAUGAGACUGCUCGUGCGGAAAGUGAGGACACGUGCCCGGUGAAUAACUGAUUUGCUACAGCCACACGUGCCGGGUCAACACGCGGACAAAAAGGCAAGACUGCUCAACCCCAAGAGGAACCGUCUCCAGCCAUCUCCUCUUCUCCUGGCAAGUGAACUUUCCAAUGUCUAACAUGGGCAGGAUCACAUGACUUUGGUUGCCUGCUAUCUUGGACAGCUUCAGAUGGCUUGGGGCUGUGUGUUGCUGGGUAGCAUUUCAGCUCUCGCCCUGGGCUGAUGUACGCUGAACACCCAUUCCCCUCUCCCCACCAUCCCGAGAUUGUCAUUUCCUCACAUUGCAGCCUUCAUUCCUUUGCACAUUUAGAGUAUUGGGAGAUGGCAGAGGAAAUUUUGUUCCUAUCAGAAUGCAUAGACAAGUCACAUCAUUUUACACGAUGCACUAGAACAAGGUGCAACCAUUCUACAGUCUCGGGGACAGGAGCAGUGUUUGGGAACUGCUUCUCUUAAGAGUUUACUUUCAUCCUGAGGUAAAUCUCUCCAUGUUUCAGGUCAACGUCUGUCCUUCUGUGCAGUUAAACCCUGAACACAUCACAUCAACUUCUGACAGUUGGUGCCUGUUGACGAUAGACUCCAGCUGGUCCUGACCUGUUGUUGAUUCCCUGCUUGUCCAUCAGUGUUUAGCCAGAAGGUGGAGAAUUACCUGAAAAAAACCACAUGAGUUCAGAAUCUCUGAGGGCCUUCUCCCUGAGUCAGUUCUUCUGUGAUCCUUGUCAACUUUGAUCUAAAGUGGUAUGGUUGAGCAAACAGCGUUCCGAUAACAUGGAGGCAUUGAUAGCCAGGAACGAGGGAAAGCUUAGUUAGGUUCAUUGGCAAAGCCAUAGGGAUUUCUAGAGCAGUGAGUGAAGUUGAAACACAGGUGAGAUAUUCCAGUAUGAUAAGUCUUGUGUUCCCUACAUGUCUAAUCUAACUCAAUUUCUGGAUUUGGGGUUUGUUGAAAUUGGGAAAUUGAAGUUUUAAGUAUUAACGGAAUGUCUAUUCUGUGGGGGUGUAUUCCGGAUUACCCUCAGCUGUGUAUAACCAUGCCUCAGGGAAGGUUCAGGCCCUACUGUGGGCACAUAACUUGCAAGCCCCAGAACAGUUACUCAAGACCGGGUGGUUUUGGCAGGUAGAAUGCUCUACAACUGGUAUAAUAACCAGAAAUACUUUUUUGGGCCAGUCCAGUGGAAAGUCUGACAAUAAACAGGUUGCAUCUGCUGCAAGGAGAGAGAGAGACCAAGUGUUUUCAAGCCCACACCUUGACUUGAAGUGGUAUCAAUUCACUUUCUGUAAUUUUCCACUGAAGGAAGGGCUUGCUAGUUUAGAGGAGGAGUUCAGUUUGGUCCACAGACCAAACUUGUCCCAUGUCUUUUUUUUUCCCCAAGAGGUUUUGUUUUUAAGCUAUCCCGAUCUUGUAGCUCUCUUAAGGUGCACGGUCCUGUUUAUGAGUUGGCCAGAGCAGUUGAAGCAGAACUAAGAAGGUCAGAAGCAAUUCUCCAAAAGGUACAUUGUGAAGUAAAUCCAUUCAUCAGUGAAACUUUGACGGCCAGGAAUGAGAGCUUAUCAAAUGGCAUACCGUGGAAGUUGUAACAAUCCGCACCAACUCCCUUUCUGUCUGGCACCAGCUGCUUUUUUUUUUAUCUUAACAGUUUAUUUCUCAAUCUCCGUAAGAAGGGACAAACUUGUGGGUCACCUCCACACUGUCAGGCCACACCUCCUGUGUGCUAACGUCUAUGACUGUUGGGGCGAACAGCUGAUCAGUUUAUUCUAAUUGAUGUGUAAUGUGAUUUAGUCUUGCUUUAUUUAUUUUUUUAAAUACUGGCUCGAAUUGCACUCCAGGCAGCCUUUCUGAUGGAUCAUUCUUAUCUUCCUGACACAGUUUUUUUUUAUUGUUUACAGUUGGUUUUGCAAUAUGCUGGUUAAGGUGCAGCUGUUUGAGAAGUUAGUUUGCCCAGAGUCUUCCCUGUGAAUUAAACAACUCCCUUCACUUUUUUUUCAAAUGGCUUGACUUACCCAUUGCUUUCUUUGAGGGUCCCACCCAGUUUGUCUGCGUUUGUCAAUCCACUGCCCCAUGUGCACAUUGCUGGCCCCAAGCUGAGAUUGCUGGGGGAACCUGGCAGCAGAAACAGAGUUAGCAUUUCAAGUCUCGGAUCUGUUCUGCAGAGCACAGGAAGAGUCACUGGACUCGAAGCGUUAACUCUGUUUAUCCCUCUCCGCGGAUGCUGCUAGACCUGCUGAGUUUCUCCAGCUAUUUUUGAGUUUGUGAGUUUCAGAUCUCCAGCAGUUCUUCGUUUAAUCAAACUCCGAUCGGUAUUCCUGACGACUCUUAUAAGCUGGUGCCUAUUUGGCUAGCCCUUGUGCAAAGGACUUGGGUCCAGACUCCUUGAGGAUGGGACUGGGAACUCCUGAGGUGCAUGGUGCAGUCAAAUGGGCAACUAAGAGGGUUAACACAGUAACAAAGACUAUUUCCAUCAGAAAGCUACAUGGAGUUGACCUCAUUGCAUGCAAUCACUUGGAUAUUCAUUUCGAUUAUCUCAUUGUCUUGGAGAGCUUCAACAGUCUUUGUUAGGAGUUUCCCUCCUCGUAUUGUUUAACAUCCUGUUGAUAUGAAACAGCUUUAAUAUUUGUUCUUCCCUGGGAGAAUGCAGGAUAUUUCAAUUUUCUUAAAGCACACACUAAGAAAUAGCAAUCCGUUUUCUAGAAUGUACUUUUUUUAACUACCCUUUUUAAGAUGCAAAUCUGUAUAUGAAAAUGUAUUUUUGGGGUUGGCAGUGAGAAUCGAGCCUCCACAACUAUUUGCAUUGAGGGGAAAGUGGGGGAGCAAGAGACAGCUUUUACAGCCCCCUGACAGCUUUUACAAAAACCGUGCAACUUUUUAAGGGAAAAAAAUCCAGGAUUGGAAUGUGUUUAACUAAUAUUUUACGAUUUUACCUCUUGGUGCCGAACGCCAGCAAUAAUUAUAUCGCAAACAGGUGGCGUUCCAAAAUACUGCAAUUUUCCCAGGCCAUCUUCCCUGAUUGUGGAUAAUGUUCCUCAAAUUCUGCAUCUUCAGGAGUCAUUGGAAUUAAGAAAUCUGAUUAAACCCUGAUGGGUAACACUCUGUGUAGAUCAUAUUUAUUUGGCAAUAAGAUGUUGUUUAUAUAUGUGAUUUCUUUGUUUUGUUUUCUUCCAUGACCUGUUUGCAUUAAUAUAUCCUGUCUUUCAACCAAACACUUGGAAAUGUUUAUGUCUCUGUGUGUGUGUGUGUGUCUCCUGAGUGUUUUUGAACAGACUCUGUGUUUGGGUCAUGCACUUUCUGAUGAUUUAAAAAAGGUUAUUAAAUGCCGAACGUGUUUCUCUCAUGACUGGUUCAUUUGCGGAUUUUUGCCAAUUUAAACCUCAUUUUGUGUCCGUGGCCAGCAGGUUUCUUCCCCCACUCGAUUCUCCUUCUUUCAAAACAGGUGUCAAAAAACUCCUUUACUUUCUGUAAAAUGUUGGAGAUUCUUUGUAAGCAGGAGAGUCGGUCCAGUUCCUUUAUUGUCAUGGUGCACAUGGCCGCCAUGUAUAAAGCGAUUUCUUUGGAUUUUGAGGGAGGGUAUUCUAUAUUUCUGUAUUAAAGCAAUGAUUUUAA